AUGGGUAUCCUUCAACAUCCCGGUUCCGGAGAGAAUCGUGGUCGGUUUUCCAGCCAACUUCGUGAUGCACUUGCUUCCAAAGCCAAGCCUUUCGACCUCUGGAGCAUCCCUGAAUCGGCUGCAGGCCCCCAAGAUGAAGACUGCCCUUAUGAGAUGGAAUCGCAGUCCUAUACGAGGGAAAGACAUAUGCCAAUGGGUGAAGACAUGGACGAUGAAGCAGAUGCUGAUUGGGCGGCGGAGACCAGCAGUGUGGCAGAUCGCGUACCAGAAGCGGUGCAUCAUGGAGAGACUGGUAGUCCCGUAUCUUUGCGCAAGUGUCUGAGGUGUCUCGGAGACUUGAACGCCCGAGUCCUGUCCAUAGAAGAACAGCUCGAAAAGCAAAACUUCUGGAACGACAACAUGGGACGAGGCGUGGAAAGCAUGCAGGGCGGGUACCAAGAGCUCUCGGCGCUCAGAGAGGAAGUGGCUACGCUAAAAUAA